GAGAUCCCCUGCACCCUGCCUGCCUCCCACAGCACCCGCUCUCAGAUAUCGACAGCAUGCCUCACCAAUACCCAGCACUGACCCCCGAGCAGAAGAAGGAGCUCCAUGACAUCGCCAAACGCAUUGUGGCUACUGGCAAGGGCAUCCUGGCAGCCGAUGAGUCCACAGGCAGCAUUGCUAAGCGCUUGAGUUCCAUUGGGGCAGAGAACACAGAGGAGAACCGCAGAUUUUACCGCCAGUUGCUCUUCACGGCCGACGAAAAAGUGAACCCCUGCAUCGGGGGCGUCAUCACCUUCCAUGAGACCCUCUACCACAAGACCGACGAUGGCGUGGCCUUCACCAAAGUCAUCAAGGACAAAGGGGGUGUCGUAGGCAUUAAGGUUGAUAAAGGUGUCGUCCCUCUGGCUGGAACCAACGGUGAAACCACAACUCAAGGUCUGGAUGGACUGUCCGAACGCUGUGCCCAGUACAAGAAAGAUGGCGCUGACUUUGCCAAGUGGCGCUCCGUGCUCAAGAUCUCUGAACACACCCCCUCUCACCUGGCCAUCAUAGAGAAUGCCAACGUAUUGGCCCGUUACGCCAGCAUCUGCCAACAGAAUGGAAUUGUGCCCAUUGUGGAGCCUGAGGUCCUUCCUGAUGGAGAACAUGACCUGAAGAGGUGCCAGUAUGUGACAGAGAAGGUCCUGGCUGCAGUCUACAAGGCUCUCAGCGACCAUCACGUUUACCUGGAAGGGACCCUGUUGAAACCAAACAUGGUUACCCCCGGGCACGCCUGCACCAAGAAGUACCCCCCUCAGGAGAUUGCCAUGGCAACAGUCACCGCCCUCAGGCGCACAGUGCCCCCUGCUGUUGCAGGAAUCACCUUCCUGUCUGGAGGACAAAGUGAGGAAGAGGCCACGGUGCACCUGAAUGCCAUCAACCAGUGCCCCCUGCUCAAACCCUGGCCCCUGACCUUCUCCUAUGGACGUGCCCUUCAGGCCUCUGCCCUCAAAGCUUGGGGGGGCAAGAAGGAGAACACCAAGAAGGCUCAGGAUGAGUACGUCAAGCGCGCCCUGGCAAACAGCCUGGCGUGCCAAGGCAAAUAUGUAGCCAGCGGAGACACAGGAGCCGCUGCCGGAGAAUCCCUCUUCGUAUCAAACCAUGCCUACUAAAUGCAGCCUUCCUGCUGCUCCUCGUCACUGGUGGCCGCUUCCAUUUGCAUAGAGGCCCCUCCCCCGCAGAGCGAUUAGCCCUUCCCCUGUGUAGAGACCCCUCUGCGGAACAUUAGCUAAGCCAUUCCUCUUGCUGGAGAGAGACUGCAGGCUGAGCAUCGUUGCUAUGGUGAUUCCUGGACGGUCCAGCAGAGGGUGUGAAUGAUGCGAGAGUGUGUGUGUGUUUGUGCUUCUUGCACUCCUGUAUAUGUAUUUCUCUCUCAGCUCUGAGUCACUGUUUUGUGUUACUGCUGAAUAAACCCUCAAUAAAGCAGUUUCCUGACCCACA